AUGGGCACGUUCAUAUUCCAAUGGCCCUACAACGCGAACGAGGUGUUUGUAACGGGCACUUUCGAUGAUUGGGGCAAGACAGUGAAAUUGGACCGAGUGGGCGACGUCUUUGCAAAGGAGGUCAGCCUGCCAGUGGAGAAGACCCAGUACAAGUUUGUCGUGGACGGCACCUGGACCACGGAUAGUCGGGUACGUGAGGAGAACGACGAACACAACAACAUCAACAACGUGCUACUGCCCGAGGAGAUCAAGACCCAGACAGACUCUGGUGCUCACGGUCUCGCAACCAUGUCUGGCGUGACCCCCGAUUCCACCGCCGCCGCCCUGGCGGCCAACGUUCCCAAAGAAGAGGCAAAUGGCAGCCUGCCCGGUACCUUCCCCGAGACGCCGGGACAGGAAUCCGAACAGACGCUGUCCGUGAAUCCGAUCCCGGUCUCGGGUGGCUACGGGAAUCCGAUCAAGCUGAACCCAGGGGAGAAGGUCCCCGAUGCCAGCACGAUCCAUGGCAACACCGUCGAGUCGAGUGUGAAGCUGGACAGGGAGUCGUAUGAAAAGGGCGACAGCGUGCCUCUGGGCAGUGCUGGCGUCCAGAACACUCCUGAUACCGCCGGCCCCAGCGCUUUCAACCUGCCCCCGGUCUCCAAGAAUACCAUCCCUGAAUCCAGUCUCCCGAUCGGCGGGCCCGCGCAACGAGCGGCGGCGACGGACCUCGAGCACAACCAGCACGUCGGUGGCCCGGCACAGCAGGCCGCGAUGACGGAUCCGGGAUACACCAUCCAGUCGGCGGCACCCACCUCGACCACGGCUGCGUUGGCUGCCGGAGUACCGCUGGAGUCCCAGAAGGAGAAACAAACAAACGGCGACAAGCCCGUUUCCGAAGUUCCGCAGGUGGUGCAAGAGUCGAUCGCCGAGGCCCAUAAAGCCCCCGAAGCCACCACCAACAAGGAGGCUGUCGGCGAGAAGAAGGAGGUGGAACAGGAGCUUCAACGGAAGGUGGAUGUGAACGAGUCCUUGGGAGCCCCGGCUCCCACCACCACGGCGGCCACCUCAGCCACCGCCCCGAGAGGCACUACCAACCUCGGCGUGGAUUCGGUGGACGUGUCGCCGACCUCGACUCCUCCUCCGGGUCGUGCUGCACCCACCUCUGCGCCCACCUCUGCCCCUGCCACUGAGCCCAAGACCGCUGUGUCGGGUGUGGGCAAGGAGCAGAUCCAGGCCCCUACCGAGGGCGACUCGUCCGCCGAGGCCACCGGUCCGACCGUGACCACCGGUGUGGCAUCUGCACCGACAGCCGAAACCUCGACCGCGACGACCGCCGAACAGUCUGCCAGUACCGAGAAUGCUGCCGCCAUCGCGCAAAAGUCCGAAGCUCAGGGCAGCGCUAAAGAGGAGAAGAAGAAGAAGCGUCUGAGUGGAUUCUUCAGCAAGCUCAAGGAGAAGCUCAAGUAG